GAGUGUAAACACGUGAGGGAGUGAUUUCAACCAUGGAAUCCUCUAAUUUCACACCCAAAACUCCAUACUUUGUAGGCCAAAACUACUCUGCUUGGUCUGUGAAGAUGAAGGCCUACCUAAGGGCGUUUGAUCUUUGGGAUUUUGUUGAAAAUGAUAGGGAACCUGCAGCCUUUCCGGAAAACCCAACUUUAAAUCAGAUCAAGAGGCACACAAAAGAGUCUACAAAGAGGUACAAGGCUCUUACGUAUAUCCAUGGGUCUGUGUCAGAUAAAUUUUCAACAGAAUUAUUACUUGCGAGACAGCAAAGGAAGCCUGGGACACAAUCAAAGAAGAGUUCCAAGGAGAUCCAAAUUAAUAACUUGAGAAGGGAGUUUGAGGUGUUGAGGAUGAAAGAAACAGAGACAGUGAAGGAAUAUUCAGACCGAGUGAUGAAGAUGGUGAACCAAAUAAGGGUCCUUGGUGGAGAACUCAAAGAAAAAAGGGUUGUUGAAAAAGUUCUUGUCAGCCUACCAGAAAAAUUUGAGCACAAAAUCUCCUCAUUGGAAGAUUCAAAGGAUCUUUCAAGGAUGACUUUGAGUGAACUUGUUGGUUCUCUUCAAGCCGUUGAGCAAAGAAAGGCUAUUAGACAAGAAAGUACAUCUGAAGGAGCUUUCCUUAUGAUAGGAAAAGGAAAAGCUCAAGUGAAAGAAGAUGACACUCAGGUGAUAGGUGGAGUGAAGGGUCACUUGGAUUAUCAUUGCUGGUUUAGACCAGGAGUGCAAUGUAGAAAGUGCAAGAAGUUUGGCCAUGUUGAAAGGGUUUGCAAGCAACAAGCAAAUCGUGUACAGCAAGCUAAAGUUGCUGAAAUUGUGGAUGAAGAUGAAGAGAAGUUGUUCAUGGCAUCAAAGGUAGAAAAGAAUUGUGUCGCUACAGUGAAUGGUGAUUUAUGGUUGAUUGAUAGUGGUUGCACAAACCAUAUGACACCAAAUUUGAGUAUCUUCAAAAGCAUUGACAAAAGUUACUCCUCAAAAGUCAGAUUAGGAAAUGGAGAUCUGGUGCAAGUGAAAGGCAAAGGUGUAGCUACAAUAGAGACUUCUACAGUCUGGUACUAGAUUGUUUUCGGUAAAGAUGUUUGAUAGGAGUUUUCUAGUGGAAUGGAAGCAUACUAGGGUGCAUGCUUAUCCUAGUAUUGUUGAUGAAUCUGAAAUUUGGCAUAAAAGAUUUGGCCAUUAUUAUUACAGUUCAUUGAAACUGAUGCAUUCACAUGAAAUGGUUGCUGAUUUACGUGCAAUAGAAGAUUGUGGUUCUG